UAGGGGGCUUCAGGGUCUUUGACUCACGAGUGUGAUUGGCGAGUUAGACGCUUGUAGAUCCAAGGUUGGAUUGGGGAGGGGUCUCUGGGACGUGGGCUUCUCGGCAAGGAUUGGGGGGAUUCAAGUGCUUAGAGAUCUAGAGUCAGGUGUUGGGUAGGGGGAGUCAGACAAUUGGAAAGCCUAGGUAGUUAUUUGGGGAGGGGUCUUUGCGCUUUGGCGAAGCGCAAAGCUGCGCCUUUCUGGCUCGAGGCCUGGGGCCUCGUCGAGAGAGGCCUCUGUGCAAGGGUGGGCCGGCUAGGCCAGGCCACGAGAAAGAAAAGUGAAUACAUCAGGAAUAUAAGGGGGGAGGGGGACCCUGAGAGGGGGGUCACAAAGGGUGAGACAUGGCCACCAGGCGUUUAACCGACGCUUUCUUGUUGUUGCGGAAUAAUUCCAUCCAAAACCGGCAGCUGUUAGCCGAGCAAGUGAGUAGUCACACCACCUCCAGCCCUCUGCAUUCACGUAGCAUUGCUGCGGAGCUGGAGGAGCUCGCUGAUGACCGCAUGGCACUGGUGUCGGGCAUCAGCUUGGACCCGGAAGCAGCCAUCGGUGUGACAAAACGCUCACCUCCGAAAUGGGUAGAUGGAGUAGAUGAGAUACAAUAUGACGUUGGUCGAAUUAAACAGAAGAUGAAAGAAUUGGCCAGCCUUCAUGACAAGCAUCUGAACAGACCCACCCUAGACGACAGCAGUGAGGAGGAGCAUGCCAUUGAGAUAACUACCCAGGAGAUCACACAGCUCUUCCACAGGUGCCAGCGCGCUGUACAGGCCCUGCCCAGCCGGGCCCGCAGGGCCUGCUCUGAGCAGGAGGAGCGGCUGCUGCGCAAUGUGGUAGCCUCCCUGGCGCAGGCCCUGCAGGAGCUGUCCACCAGCUUCCGGCACGCACAGUCCAGCUACCUGAAACGCAUGAAGAACCGAGAGGAAAGGUCCCAGCACUUUUUUGACACAUCAGCACCACUCAUGGAUGAUGGAGAUGACGCUACUCUGUACGAUCGGGGUUUCACGAAUGAUCAGCUGGUCCUGGUGGAACAGAACACUCUGAUGGUGGAGGAGAGGGAGCGAGAGAUCCGCCAAAUUGUGCAGUCCAUUUCUGACCUCAAUGAGAUUUUCAGGGACUUGGGAGCCAUGAUUGUAGAGCAGGGCACGGUCCUCGAUAGAAUCGACUAUAAUGUUGAACAAUCCUGUGUCAAGACUGAAGAUGGCCUUAAACAGCUUCACAAGGCUGAGCAGCACCACAAGAAGAACCGGAAGAUGCUCGUCAUCUUGACACUGUUCGUCCUGAUCGUCAUCCUCGUCGUCGUCCUCGUUGCUGUGAAGUCUCGCUAGUGGCCGGGGUCUCGCGCUCGCUGUCCUGCAGAUGCCCUGGGGUGCAGGGCUUGCCACCACAGCACAUCUUCAUCUGGGUGCCUCCAGGCUGCUGCCCUGUGGCGCAGGCUGGGCCUGUGUACUUCCAUCAUUGCCAGAGUUGAAAGGCCUUGACUCUGGCAGGAUGGAGAUGGGCUCUGUGACCAGCUGUAAUACAGUAUAGACAUAUAAACAUAUAUUUUUAGAAUGUAAAGACGUUGAACGUUGACAGGCGCUGCUGAGCUGCUCAGUGUGCGUGUGUGCGUGUGUGUGUGUGUGUGUGUGUGUGUGUGCGCGCGCGUGUAUGCUGUUGUAUUUUUAGCAAUCAUUUCUGAGCAGCAUGUUAAAAUAAUUUUUGGAUUUUAAACCAUCUGGUUUUUAAAAAUCUUGGUACCAAAAACUAAAGAGUAGAGGUAUAAAUGCCUCUUCGUCUUUGUCUAUGUUUUCCAGUUGAAGACAAACCUAGAAGUCCUUCAAGCAUUGCAGACCCAUUGCCCAUUACCUUAAUUCAGUGUGUCCAUCACUGUCAACAGUCAGGGUAAUGGUGGGAGCAGUAAGACCCAUCGUCGCUGUUAAUUCACACACUUGGAUGGGUUGAUUAAAACAGCUUCCUAAGUUAGUCUUAAAGAAGAGAAGUCCUCACCCAGGCGUGCACCGUGGCUCUACUGUGGACCGCAUGGUGACUAAGCAAGCACCUGCACUGGACAGUUGGUGAUGGAACCAGCCUCACAGUGAAAGAAGGCUUGACGGUGUUAUGAAUGUCACAGGUGCAGCCAGUGGGUCCCGCUGGCCGUCCCCAGCCACCCUCACUCCGUUACUCACGUCCUAACCAUAGAGCGGCCUGUCUAAACCAGACAGCGUUUAAUGAGCUGUGAAUUUACACAGAGGCCAUUUUAAAUGGUCACCUCAUUUAGGGUUGGUGGGUCUCCAAUUAUUAACCAAACAUGACUCCACAAAGUCAAAUAUUCCACCAGGAUUUGAUUUAUUGGUGCCUCAUUCACCACUUAGCCAUGCCUGGAAAGUAGGCAGAUUCCCUGAGGCUUGUGAGAGUCUUGACCAAGAAGUAUCAUGAGUGUGUGUGUGUGUAUGUGUGUGUGUGUGUGAUCACCUUCACCUGUCUUAUUGACUGCACCUGAACUGGGGUGAUGUGCAUGGAUGGGGACCCAACCCUGUAGGCAGGCAUUUAUGUCUCAUCUGCCCAUGUCUUAAUUGACACCAGUAUAAUUUUGCGUGGUCUUCGUAUAAUUUCCCAUGGCUUUUUUAGCAUUUCUGCUUCUCUAGAAAUGUUUAAGGAAAUCACAGUCCUGUUCAGUGUGUGACAUUUUGGUAUAAAUGCCUCUGAAGAGCUGACUGGGAAGUGAGUUUCUAGAAACUUAUACUCAGAGCCAGUGAUGAAAGUCACUCAGACAAACCAUGGGCUUGACAUCCCAGCCUGUCCCUUCCCAUGUCAUUUUCAUUCUGGACAGUCUCUAGGCUCUCACUAGCAUGGGACAGUAGAAGGGUGAGGAUCCAAACCAACAGUGUGCCUGGUGGACAUUGGCAUGAAGGGUUUGGAAGGAAUUGGUGCCUCUCCCUCACCUCUGAAGUGGGGCUCUCCAGCCCUCCAUAAUCCCAGCUGGGUUUAGAGCAGCUGCUCCUCGGUGGACCUGUAUCAGAGCCAUCCUCCGAGGCUGUGUUGAGUAAUGGUUUAGGCCUUGAAGAAAAGUGACCCUUUAAGAAAGGGUCACUAGUUGUUUAUAUUUAUUUCCCACGAUAGGGUUUUGGGGUUGGUUUCCCCCCAACCCAUCUAGGUGGCCUAAGGAAUCUAACCAGAAGUUAUUAUAAGGACCUGUGGGGAGGGGGAGUGUCCCCCUGUGCCUGAAGACUGCAGUGCUGGCCAGUCCCCAGCUCCAGCCCCUCACUGCUGUCCAGAGGCAGAGCUGAUGGGCUGGCCCCAGAGCUGGUGCCCUAAAUGAUUGGGGCUCUUGACCACUGUGUUUUUCCACUGGGUCUGCCUCUGGGGAAGAUGCAGAGCAUUUGAGGAUGCGAGAGAGAGAGAGCACUUCUGUCGUGGUACCUCAGGGUAGCUCCUUCCAUCCGGAAGAGAAGGACCUCCCGCCUGCUGACAGCUGUCUGUGUGCUCAUCUUGCCCUUUGGUCUCUCUGCCGGAACCACCUCCUUCCACUGUCCUGGGUGGUGAGACCCAAAUGUUUACCGUCCAUCCUCCAGAGCUCCAGAUCAUUCCCGAGGCUGUAGCUGAAGUCGUCUGUCCUAUUCGCACUGGGGGCGGGUGCUGGCUGGCCAUGCUGUUGAAGCAGCGUGUCUCUAAUUUAACUGAUGUUCCGCUUUCUCUGCUAAUUGAGAGAGCAUUAUUUAUUUGUUUGACACGAGUGCGUGCAGUGUUUUAUCCCAGCUAAUGGCUUCUUAAAGGUAAUAAAACCCUUCAACCUAAUUGGUCAGAUAAGACUUUUUUUCUUGUAUGCUUAAAUAAAGCAAUUAGUGAAGAGCUUCUAUCCAAAAUGACUUUUUUUGUCCUGUUUUGAAAACUAAUUUACUGUUACUGGAAAACUUUUUGUAAAAUAAAGUAAUCGUGCAGAUUAAA